CAACACAUCCGUUUAAGCAUAAACGCCAGGGAACGCAGACGGAUGCAUGAUCUGAAUGACGCACUGGAUGAAUUGAGAUCAGUCAUUCCAUACGCGCACAGUCCCUCGGUCAGGAAACUUUCAAAAAUCGCGACGCUCCUAUUGGCCAAAAAUUUCAUCCUGAUG